AAUUUUAACAAAAACGGAGUACUUCUUAACCUUAUUUAUCAUUUCAUUAUAUUGAAGUAUCCAAGAUCCGACGUCAAAUCUCGCUCACAUUAUUUAUCAUUUGCGACUCUCCAUCUGCACCCCCACCCCAAAAAAAGAAAAGGGUAGGCAAAACAGUUGAGACUCGAGAAGGAUAAAUUGUGUCGGCAUCAGACAUUCAGGCCCCAACUCACUGGUGUGACCUCUCUCCUCUCUUCUUCUCCUUCACUUUCAUACAAAAUAGAAAGAACAAAUUAGAGAUAGAAAUUAAUUUCAGAGUUGGGUUUUCUGGAAAAUAACAUGCAGUGGUACUCCAAAAUGUGGGCACUUCACAAACACAAAUUAUCAAUUUUCAAAUUAGGGGUAAUGAUUUUAGCUACUACUCUUGCUCUUCGAGUUUUUCUCUACAAUAAUAGCUCUAGAUUUCCUCCUGAUUCUUCCCUUUUUCAAAGAAUCACUUCAAUUCAAUCCCGUUCUUCUUCUUCGUUGUCUGAACCAAUUGAUGGUUCUGAUUCUAGUUCUUCAGAUUCCGGAAAUUCUGAUCAAUUGCCUAAAAAACGAGAAAAGUGUGGCGAUCUUUUUAAUGGGGAUUGGAUCCCAAAUCCAGCUGGACCUGCCUACAUUAAUGAAACUUGCAAUUUCAUUGAAGAGCAUCAGAACUGCAUGAAGAAUGGGAGGCCUGAUUCAGAAUAUCUCUACUGGAGGUGGAGUCCAAGAAAUUGUGAGUUACCUCAGUUCAAUGCAAUGACAUUUCUAGAGAUGAUGGAGAACAAAACUUGGGCAUUUAUAGGUGACUCUAUCUCUCGAAAUCAUGUGCAGUCCUUAAUUUGUAUGCUCUCAAAGGUGGAAGAAGCAGAAUUGUUUUAUCAUGAUGAAGGAUACAAAUCUAAAGGAUGGCGCUUCCCAUCUUACAACGUGACCGUAUACGUUAUAUGGUCUCCUUUUCUGACAGACGCAACUAUUUAUGAAGAUAUCAACGGUGUCUCAACUCAGGAUCUUGAACUGCACCUUGACAGACUUGAUAAGAAGUGGACUGAUUUGUACAAAAACCUGGACUACAUGAUCUUCUCCUCUGGAAAGUGGUUUCUCAAACCAGGAAUAUAUUAUGAGAAUGAAACAGUAUUGGGAUGUCAUAAAUGUCAGAAGAACCUCACUGACCUCAGUUUAGAGUUUGCUUACCGCAAAACUCUGCAGUUAGUGUUCAACUUUGUUGCUACAUCUGAUCAUAAAGGGUUAAUCUUUUACAGGACUCUCACACCUGAUCAUUUUGAAGGUGGGGAGUGGUCUAGUGGAGGAAAGUGCAAUAGAACUGUCCCAUUUAAAGAUGGUGAGGUUGAGAUGAAGUACAUGCAAAAACUGCUGCGACAAAUUGAGCUCAAGGAAUUUGAGAGUGCAGUAGCUAGGGCAUCUGAAAAUGGUGUGCAACUAAGACUUCUAGAUUUUAUGAAGCUUUCCUUGUUAAGGCCUGAUGGGCACCCUGGUCCAUAUCGACAACAUUACCCUUUUGCAGUGGAUGAAAAUGCACAAGUCCAGUAUGAUUGUUUGCAUUGGUGCUUGCCUGGGCCUAUAGACGCUUGGAAUGAUGUAAUCAUGGAAAUGAUAGUGAAUGGAUGAGUUCUUUUGAAGAGACUGCUAAACAAGAUAUGGAACGGUGUGUGAAUACUAAAUGAGCAACAUCAUUCAUGAGUAAAUAGAGGACAUCACCCUAUGGUGGGUUAUACGAAAGGUUAAAGUCAACUUUUUUUUUCUCCCCAGGUUUCCAAGUUAUUAGUCCUAAUUUUGUGAUUCUCUUGGCUGAUUUAUUGUAUUUCUGAUGUAAUGGACUAAUGGGUAGAUGAGAACUUUCUGAAAAGGUCAUUGCUGCUGUUAUCUCUCAUGGUAAAUUAUAUUCCUGAUUUAAUGGCUCGUUUUGGUUGUCAUUUCUCUGAACUGUGAA